AUGUCCGACGAGACCGCCAGCCAGUAUAGAAGUCAUCAGUCAGUUUAUUUUCAGAAGAGUGAAUCAGAAUUUACUAUAGACAAAAGUGAACCUACUUUGGAGCUGAGCAACAAGGCUGAAAAAAGACAUUGUUAUUCCUUUCUUCCCUGGAUCGUGAAGUGGUUUGUGGCCGUAUUUCUUUCCUUGUUAGUGUUAUUCUGCGUUGUUGCAAGUAGAAUUUGUUUGUUGGUCUUAGGAAAAAAUUUCAAAGAUUUAGACGACAAAGUUGGAAAAACUGGAAACGGAACUUUAAAUCAAACUGUAAAUAGUAGCGACGGACAUUUUAGCCCAACUGGAAAAAGUGAUAAUGGAAACAUUUCUACAGAGGCAGGCAAGCAAGCAUUAUUUCUUAUGCUUGUUCUGGCUUUGAUGAUUCCUGAAGCCGUUUCUCUCAUUUACGCUUCAUGGACAAGUUUGAGGAGAAAAAGUCACCCGUGGCCAUCUCAGAAAGGUUUCAUAACUGUAAGUUUACUUGUAUGCAUACAUGUAAUUCUUACUGAGACGUUAAGAGAUUGAUAUUUACCUUAGAUUCUGAUUAUGUCAUUCAUGUUUGAAUUAUCACACUAAAGUAAGAAUAGUCUAGAGCUACUUGACUGAAAGAAUUUUCAAGCACAAAUUAUCUGUCUAUAGUACUUUUCAUAAGAUCACACUUUCGCAUUGUUUUCUGAGCUUAACGUACGCGGGUAGAGCUUGAACACGUUGUAAACUGUGUUAUGAGUUAUAUCCGACCACCAGUUACUUUUUGCUACUUGAAUCUCCUUUUUUCGACAACAGAGUGAUUUCUCGCGCGAUGAUUGGUCGAGAGCUAAAGUCAAUCGAGAGCUCAGUGAAAACUGACGUGAUGUCAUGGCAUGACAGAUUUGUUUUUCUGUUUCUCUCGCGCGAUUUUCCUACAAGGGUCAGUCGCCUGAAAAAGACUUAAAACUUCCCAUAUAGUGUCGUAAAAGCAAAUUGACAACAAUUUUCGUUUGUCCACACACCUCUGGCACGUAGUCAUGGAAAUUGACAUCGAAACGUUUUGAAACAAAGUAGAAACACGUGCCUGACAGGCCUGUGGUCUUACAAAAAAGUCUCUAGCACUUUCUGGUAUUUUGUGGUUCCACUUUAAGUUUAAACAUUUUGGCAUCUUUCUACGUACUAUAAGAGGUUAUACAAUGCAUUGAAUACCACUACUGAAUACUGCAGCUCGAGUACCACUUGUUCGGUUAGCACAUUCUGAUUAUAUUGGUUGAAAAGAGGAGGAAAAUUGUGGUCGAUUUUUUGCUUCGUUUUAGCGAACCUCAAUAAACGUCAAAGGAUACAGGAUUUACCCAAUACAUUUUGUUAUAUAUUUGACAUAUUCAGUUUACUAGCUAAUGCCCAAAUUAAGACGGGAAAUUAAUCAAAAGCAAGGAUCAGAUUUUUAAGAAAAUCAAUAUUAGCCCAAGCAAAGCAACUAUUGGUCACCGGAAAGGAUUUGAUAUGUUUCGAAGAAAAUUGGUUGAAAAGCAGUUUUUACAGUCGAUGCACAAGGAAGAUAAUAGCGACAAAAGAAUUGAAAGCUAUUGAUUUGCUGGCGGACAAUGAAAAGCGUUUGAAAGAUCAGGGUCAAAACUACUGCCAAUCAAUUUAAUAACAAUAACCAACCGUCUGAAACAUUACUAACCGUGAAUCUAACAUCUUAAUUCCGGGUAUGAUUGAUUGAUGACAAUCAUGAAUUUGUACGUGCAUACCAUAUCAACGUGGUAUUUACAUCUUUUAAAAAUAUUUUUGUCUUUGUGUCAAGCUUUUUGUUCCUUGCUAUUUUACAUGAUAUUCGCAUAAAAAUGCGGUAACACACAUCAAUUAAUUCACUUCCUCCUGAUUGAGCGAGUAAUGAAUGUAUUACCAUGGCUUUGUAAAAACUCUCAAAACCCCAUCGUAAUUAUUGCCGUAAAGGAGCUGUGUCACGCACUGAAAACCAAUUUCACUAUACCUUAACAAUAAGCGAAAAGUAUACUGCCGGAAUAACGAACUAAAGGUAUACACGACUCGGAUCCGCAACAACGAUUUUUAGCACAAAGCGUUGCUACAUUGUUGCGACAUUGUUUUUGAAUAGCCACAACAUCGUUCCAACAUUGCAACGCUGUGUUGCCCUAAAAAUCGUUGUUGCGAAUCGUGCUGUGUAAUAUCACCUUAAACAAAGGGAAGGAACAGAAACCAGAGUGCAGUUAAUUUCAAAUGAAAGCAUGGAUAGACAAAAUUGAAAAAGAUAAAGAAGGAUUAUUACGAUCCCUUUUUUUUCUAGCUUAAAAUGUUUAGCCGCGUAAGUGCAGUUAUUCCGAAAUUGUUUUUCUCAUAUUUUUCCUUCGAUUUCUAGCCUUCGGGAAACAUCUAUUUCAUUUCUAAAACUUUUAUUUUAUUAUUUAGGUCUAGAAUGGAGUAAUCGACAAAUUAAAAAACAAAUUCCACCACCCUGACGGUACAAUAUCCCUUUGAUUUUGUUUUCAUUGAACAAGUCAGUCAAUCUUUAUCCAAAAAGGUACCUGUUUAGUAGGCAGGAGUUAUAUAGGAUCAUUUGUGUAGUGGGAGUCACGACUUAAUCAAUAUUAGUCUGUUGUUUAUGAUACUUUAAGCACAUUGUAGUUAUGUCACGAUUUGGUCUUAGCCUAUAAACAAGUUCUUUAUUCGGUUCGCGGUUCAGUGGCGCCGCAGUCGAUCUCCUAAAGGAGAGCGUAAAUGCUCGCCGCAGGAUGAAUCUUUCAGUUAUUUUCGGCGGUUCAGAACUCUUAAAACUUGCAUGAGUUAAAGAGAACUCGAAGAAUAAACGUUUGGUCAUUGUUUAGAACAAAUUUACUCCGAUCUAUCUUGGACUUCAAUUUACCAAAAGGGAGAUAGACUGGAACUUAGCCAUCUUUCGCUGAGUUCAAAUCUUGUCGUUGCAGUGCAAAAAUUACUGAAAACGGACAAUCCCUGUUUCGAUUUGAACAUUAUCUUUGAGAAUUCUUUUGGAGUUACUAGUAUGAGGAAAGAUGCUUCGUUUUGAAUUCCGCGUGACAGGAUGCAUGCAAUAAUGAUCUCAGUGUAAGUGUCUUUAUAUAAUAAUGAUGGAAGAUUCUCCAACAUUUCUAACAUACAUAGACCCUAGCGCGGGUCUCCUCUGAAACCAUUUAGGCGUCAUAAUGAGUCUUUAUGACACGUUGAAAUAAGUGAGCAAACUAGAAAGGUAUUUUGGAAAAGACCCCGGCCAGUCUUGCGUAGGCUGUCUAGAACGGGUUUGAAGGUGACACGUCCGUAAAUGUUAUAAUACACGGAAAACUUAAAAUAUGCUAAAGCUCGCUGAUGUCUAAAAUCCUGGCGAUGUAAAAUCUUUACAAUGAAAUACUCUUGUUAUUGCCGUCGACAUAAGUGCUUUCAGAGAGCAAUGAUGGCGGUCAGAGUAGUUAUACGUUUCGCUACAAAUUCAUUUUUAUCACUUUGACUCUCUGUUAAUUAUUAUUUUUUAUUUAUUUAUAAAUUAAUAACAGUUAAUUAGAAUUCGGCAACAAAUAUUACAAAUUGAUUACCGUUAAGGGGAAUCGAUCUUUUGCAUUGUAAUAAACGUUGCUUUUGACCCCUAAUCAUUGAUAGUACCCGAGAUAAAAGAAGUAGUAAGGCAUGAACAAGGGCUCUGAAUGUCGUGCUUCGAGUAACAUCAGUCUAGCAUGACAUGUUAAAUGAGAUUCGUUUAAAAGGCCGUUGUGUCAUGGCUGGCUAGUUCAGUUUGUUUAUAUGAAUUACUGACGUCCUUAUUCGCUAAGAAACUUGAACAAAUCCCAGCUUCGUUACAAACAAAUAUGUCCCCUAAGCGUCGUAUCAAACGCGUCAGCAGCAACAAAGAACCGAAAAACUGUUCCUUUCCAAAACCUCAAUGGCAAUCCUUUUAAAUCUUUUUCAUGUUUGUGCAUCCGUGUCUCCUUGUGUUUACGUUUUGAGCGGUAAUUUUCAUACUCCACUCUAUUUGGUAGCAGUUUCCACUGUUUAAAUUUUGGUAAAUUUUAUGAUGCAGCUCCUUUAGCGUAGGUUUCUCGGAGGCGUGACAAUAGACCACAAACGUGCAACUUCUUACACUCUCUCUCAAAUAGUUCCUCUUCCCUAAACUUAACAAGGUUGGAUAAACAGGUCAGUACUGGCUAUGUGAGAGAUUUCCUGCGUCAUCUCAUUUGCUCAGUCAUAAAGUUAAAACAUUAUUAUCUUUACAGCUGAACCGAACUUUGGAGGCGUCUGUCAGGGACUUGUGUCUUUUCUCCAACAAAAGAUGCAUGUGCUAUAGAAAAAUUUAUUUUAAAUCCGGGUUUGUUUCUGGCAUUUUCUGUUUCAUUCAGCUCACGCCCUCUAACGCUAACUAUUUGUGUUUAACCAACUGAAAUGUUUGGAAUUGUUGCGUCCGUGUUGGCAGUGGUAUGCAAGAAUGCAACGAAUGCGACAAUUCCCAACACAAUAUUGGGACAGCCAGUGCGUCGAGGGAACGAUACAACCCAUAAUACUGUUGUGAAGUAUUUUGAAAGUUAUUUUUAAGACGGAUUUACCUUGUCUUUUAAGUUUAGUUUUUGUUUUAUUAAGUCUUGAUUUUGUCCACGCACUGUUUUCCUAUUUUGAUCUUUUGUUUUUACUUGUAUUUGAAGUUAUGCUUAGCUCGCGAAUUUACUUAUUGCCAUAUUAGGAAUGUUACAGGUGGUCGUGUUUGUGGUGUUAGAGCUGACCUUCGUUCUUCGGUACUUAUCAGCUGCGGCUGUGCGUAGGCUAGUCUAUUCCCUGACAAUAGCAAACCUGUUGCAAUGUUAGCGAUAAGAAAUACAAUAGAAACUCUUCCGGCCAGCCAACCCAGUCACGUCCAGCUUUGGCUAUUAAUACCGCUACUAUACUUGAACUAAGUAUAUAGAUGUAGUAGAAGUAGAGUAGGAGUAGAGUAAGCAGAAGUUGUAAGAAGAAUAAGAAGAAUAAAGGCCAGGAUGUAAAUCAGAUUCCUGGUACCUCGUCGUGUAGCAAGCGAGUUGCUCGAACACACCCCCACAAUACUUUAUAAACUUUUAUUAUCUCCUUGGGCCAAGGAGACCAAUGUGCAAUGCGCGAGCGUGGUCCCAAAAAUGUCAGAAGAGGUGUGCAAAUGGAUGCAAUAUUGUUGCGAUACGCUUCGGCCGAUCACGGAACAAAAGAAAUGUUGGCAGUUUUUGGUUAAAAAGUUUGACCAGUUUCAAACUUUGUGCAGCAACUCCCAACAACACGCAACAACAUGCAACAGUGUGUGCAAAUGGACGCAAAAUUUAUCAUCCAAAUAUUUUGGGAGUUGUUGGCCAAAAGGCCUUUUCACUGGGCUUUAUAGGUCUAAUUUGACUUGUUUCACGGCUUUAACAAAAUUCAAGUCCUUAUUUCUUUUUCAGAUAUUUAUUGGUGGCUUCCUGGAGACCGUUUCUCUUAGUUAUAUCACCAUUGUUGCUAUGCUAAAAGUAAAACCACUCAACUCAGACGUCAUGAUUUUGCUGCCAUGCAGUUUACCUCUGGGCUUCACAUUGUGGCACUUCAUCAAAUCAAGAUCACAGUGGAACACGAAGACUGGAAAAUUGGAAGCCAUUCGGUUCGGAAUUAGUGCGGUGUUUGGGGCAGCUGGUGUUUCACUUUUGUGUUACAAGUACGAGGUAAACAAGAAAACUCUACUGAAAAUUUUGCUAAGCUUUCUUUAUAAAGUUUAGAAUUUAUAUUCAAAAUAAAAUUCAGAGAUUACAAGGGAUAAUUGAAGUCAAGAAGGGUGCAGCAUUGACAGCAAGUCCCGGGGGGUACUCAACAAAGUUUUGUACGGCCCUAAGGCCCUGAUCACAAAAUCAGUGCGUUUUCUCAACCAAAAAAUGCGUCUUUUAACCGUUGGGCCUAUUUUACCGACCGUCACGGACAGAUUUCCCAACCCUUUCGUAUCUACCGCCGCAUGGUUAGUUCAGCUGGGAGAACGCCAGUCUGUGCUGAGCGGGAGAGGUCGCGGGUUCAAACCCCGGCCGGACCAACACUCCGGGUCUUUGAAUAAUAAGAAGACUGUGCUACCUUUGUAAUGACAGCUGCAAUUGGUAGUAGACUUUCUAGUCUUCUCGGAUAAGGACGAAAAACUGUUGUUCCCGUCUCACAGCACUUUCACUUAUCUGGUUCUUGUGUGACGUACGUAAAAGAACCCACAUCACUGUUCGAAAAGAGUAAGGAAUGUAGACCCUGGUGGUGUGGCCAACCUUUCCUGGGCUGGGUGGGUUAUCUGUAAGGAGAGUAAUCCUCCUUCAGGAGUUUUAAUGGCUACCUUUAAACAGUGUAUGUACGUAAACGAGAUCUAACAGGGAAAUCCCUACCCUUUCAUACGCCAGGCAAAAGUAUCCCUUUCGGACUGAGUCUCCCCGUAUAGGCCGUUAUAAGGAGUAACCACCCCCCCCCCCCCCCCCCCCCCCCCCCCCCCCGCGAAACUACCCCCCCCUCCUUCCCUCCACAUUUAAUUUCCUCUCUAUACGGAGGAAAAGAGGGGGGGGGAAUUAUUGUAGCGCACAGUUUUUGGUGAUCUACAGAGUCUUUCCAGCAACAAAAAGCUGACCAUCACAAAGUAACUACACGAAAAGACUAAUAAAAACGCAACCCCCCCCCCUCAAUCGGCCCACAAAAAUGACCCCCUCACGCGCGGGCUCCCCCGUAAAGGCGUUUUAAAGAAGAACCCCCCCCCCCCCCCCCCCCUCCGCCCCUCCGCGCAGCAAGUAAUUGACCCAUCUUUCAUCGUUAAAUUGUAAUUCUCCUAUUAAGUCGGAAGGAAUGGGCGGGUACAUACUUUAGGCGCAACUAUUUCUGGGAUAUCCAAAGCUUUUCUACCUAAAGGAUGAGGCGCGUCCCAGAUGUAACAAGGCCUCACAGGAUUGGUUAAGAGAACAACGAACAGGAUUAACAAUGGCACCUAACCCUAAAACAAAACAGAAUGCUGGGACAUUCAGGGAAACAACUAAAUAAGAGGAUACUACAAAGGAUCUCAGAAACUCAAGCUUCGAAAGCUUGUGACCAUUUUCCUUUUUUUUUAAAUUUAAAUUCUCAUGUCGUGCAGGCUUAACUUGGAAAUCGUUGUUCUUUCAGAUACCUUAUGCGAUUAUUGCCCUUGUUGUUCUUUCCAUCGUCUGGUCUCCUAAACUGCGGAAACUGCAAAUAGAAACCAGUAACCAGGUCUCCGAUCAAAGUGACGACGAGAAUGCGAGUGAGGAUGUGGCGAAUGCGGCCAAAAUUACUGCCCGUGGAAAAGCUGCUAUUGUCAUUUCUUUAUGGAAACUCUUUCUAACACCUUUCGUUGCCUUAGUGUUUGCCAAAAUUUGCAACAUCGUAGAGCUGGGCGGCAUGUCCGAAGGUUUUAGGGCAUUUAGUUCGUCAAACUCGUCGUUUGUGUACUUUAUGCUGCACAUCUUUUCCAGCUUCUUUGCCUACCAUCUUGGUUGGCUUGCCUGUUCACUCCGUAUGCAGCAGACUGGAUACGCCCUUCCCUUGACCCUAGCCACGCCCAUCGCCAUUUUCAUAACAAACGUCGCAGGGUUUUGCGAUACGAACAUGAUUCCGUUAUCGUGUAGAUCAGAUAACCAACUUUACACUCUAGCAGGUGGCGGGCUGCCGCUGUGGCUGGCACAGUUCAUGGUCACUACGUACUACCUGUGGAAAAGUCGCGGUUUUAUUAUGGCAAGCGCCCACGACCUGUUUUGGAUACCAUCGUAUAAUGGUAAGUUCUGCAGUCAGGAUGCUCGAAAUAUAAAUACAGUGAAACCGAAAGCGGACCCCCAAUUAAGCGGACACCCUCUAUUAAGAGGACACUAAGCCGGGUCCCGAAAUUAACGUCUUAUAUUUUCCUUUAUAAAGAGCCCCUCCCUAUUCAGCGGACUCCUCUAUUAAGCGGACGCGGACACUAAAGUAAAUUGUAUUUGGCUAAUUUUUUAUUGUUUACAGCCUCUAUUAAGCGGACACCGGACUGGAUUGACAUAUGUAGUAUUGGAUUACGUCCUUGAAAUUCGUACUGUAGUCGAUUAAUCUGAUUAAUAAAGAUAAAUCAAUACAUUUAGCUGUCAAUAAACUGUAGAUUAGACCGAUAACUGGCCGUAUGAUUGUCAUCCGCGAUCAAGGUUCACCUAAACUGUCUUGCAGAAAGUACAGUACAGCUUUCUUAGCUUCUUUGCUUCCUUAACAACAUGGAACUUUAUCACAGUACAGAGUUAACCGUUGAACGUUAAUCGUUAACAAACAUUGCACAAUUUUUAUGAACCAUAAUUAGGCAAACACUUGGAAGGUCCAUAAGCAGGUGUCUGCUUAAUAGAGGUUUCACUGUACUUAGCUGAGGACUUCCUAGUUCUGAAGGCACCUUAUAUUUUUGAUGCUGUUUCACUUUCUUUCCGAUGACUUUGUGUAAUGUCCGAUCGACUACGAGAACGAGAUUAUAAAUAUUAUCAUAUUACUUUUUUCACCAAAAAUGUUAACAUGGUUGUUUUUAUCGAAGGAGGUUAAACCUUCUCCUGAGAUUGCAAAAUGAUAAAAAUUCUAACAUUUGAUGACUUCUUUACGUUACUACGACAUUCUACGAGUAGGAGAGGACCCCGGGAAUGAGGUUGUACGACGUUCUGUCAAAUUCAUGCAUGUUUUUUCGCCAAAAUGACGCUGGUUCACGCGCGCACUACAUAGUAUUAAGAAAGGUCGUGAUCCCUACCUCUUGAAAGAACUAAGCAAAAUGCUGAUAUUUUAUCACUUGAUAUUCCUGUUGAUAAUUAUAACUUAAUAUCUAUUGUAUGGUUUAUGUAUAGGUGUCUACCUUGAGCAGUAUCUAUUGAUGAACAGGCGCAGCCGAGCAUCUGAUGAGGAAGACGUUAUACAACGGAAUCUCUCACGCAACGUGACUGUGUUCAUCUGCACUACGAUGUACCACGAAGCAGACUAUGAAAUGAAACAACUCCUUGAAUCGAUUCAUGAGAUGGACAAGAACAAAACAAAAGCUAAACGCCAUUAUGAAUCCCACGUUUUCUUUGAUGGAGGAGUCAGAGGAGACGUCCUCACUGAUUAUGCGUUGCAGUUGGCUUCACUGGUGGAAGAAACAUUAAAAGUGCAACUACGUUCCUGCUACAAAGUAAUGACCCCUUAUGGUAUACAGCUUAAAUGGAACCUGCCUGGAGGAAUGGAAUUCACGAUUCACCUGAAAGACAAUACUAAAGUAAGCCUGGAAUAUUUUAAAAAAGGUUCAGUAUAAAGGGACACUGUGGAUGGGUCUAUUGAAAUAGCUUGCUCACUCAGCUUUAAGAAUGCCCAUUUCUUCUAAGUAUCUUUAAUAUGGAAUUCAUAUCUUUGCAGGUAAAGAAUAAAAAGCGAUGGAGUCAGGUCAUGUAUAUGUCCUAUGUGUUGGAUUACCAACAGAAUCGUCUUAACGGUGAGAAGUGUAACACAACAAAGUAUCGCCCCAUGUAAGGGCUCUAAGACCGUCUUGGAUUCUGGAUCCCAUUCCUUGGAUUCUGUAUUCCAGGAACUGGAUUCCAGAUUCUUCAUCAUGGGAACUUGGAUUCCGGAUUCCAAAUCCCAGCAUUUCGGAUUCCACAAGCCCAAAUUUCCCGGAUUUCGGAAUCCGGAUUCCCUUACAUGUGGCGAAUUAAUAUUUUGAAAUUUCACCAUCAGUUAUUGCAGUUGUUCUUUUUGUUUAAAUUCAACUAGUAUCAUAACUAAAGAGCCCCAUCACUUUUCGUAACCUUGGUGGAUCAUUUUACGUCUCUAGGAAACUGCCCACCUACCCCUCCCCUAAGCCAACAUUAACACUUUCUUCUCACUUAGGGCAAAAUGUUGGCUUAGGGGAAAGGUAACAAUGAACUAAACGCAAAAAAACAAACAAACAAAAAACACUGAACUAAACGCAUCUUUCCCGAAGCACAAUGUAGGUGUCCGACUCGGUCUAAGGUGGUGUAAAGGUUUUCAUAAGGUUUCGAUAAGUAUAACUGGUGUUAUUUCAAAUAACUGACUCGGCAACUUUGACAAUUUUAAUUCAGCCGGUAUUGCUAACUUUUUAGUUUCAAACUUAAUAAGAAACUGCUAGAAAGAGAACAUUGUUUAAAACAUCCGAAAAAUGGGGUACAAAAAAAGAGAUGAAAUCUCUAUCUUACUAUUAAUUUUGAAGAAUCAUCCUAUCACUUCCUCUUGGAUCUAUGCAUUGAUUUAUUGAUUAAAAACGUAACUUUUCAGCGCGCGACGAUCAAUGCUAUAUUCUUACCACCGAUGCUGACGUCAAGUUCACCCAUGACUCAGUUGAAGCGUUAAUAGACCAGAUUAUUGAAGAUCCCGGGGUUGGAGCAGUUUGUGCUCGUACACAUCCAUUGGGAAGCGGGCCUAUAGUCUGGUACCAGAUCUUCGACUACGCCAUUGGUCAUUGGUUUCAAAAGGUAUGUAUAUCACUAGAUUUGACUUACAGGAGAAUUAAGUCAAGUUAAGCGUCAUAGAAUUCACGAACUAUUGAUUGAAUAUUUUUUAAAUUCCACCAUCAGUUGUUGUAGUUAUUCUUUUUGUAUAGGUACAAGUAGUGUCAUAACUGAAGAGCCCCAUCACUUUUCGAAACCUUGGCGGAUCAUAAUAUGUUUCUGGGAAACUGCCCACCUACCCCUCCCCCAAGCCAACAUUAACACUUACUUCUUACUUAAGGCAAAAUGUUGGCCUAGGGGAGCCCCGUGUAAGGUAAUCCGGAUUCCAGAAUCUGUGAAUUUUUUUUCUUGUGGAAUCUGGAAUCCUGGAGUUUGGAAUCCGAAAUUCAGCUCAAGGAAUCCGGAAUCCCAUUAACAAUCGGAAUCCAGGCCCAAGUUCCACUUGUAAGGAAUCUGGAAUCCAGUACCUGGAAUACGGAAUUCACAACGCGGCCGGAAUUCAGAUUCCAAGACUGGAUUACCUUACAUAAGGACGGACGUGGCGUUUAAGAGAGAGUUCACGGUAUAUUAAUAUUCACAGACUUCCUUUGUGGUUGGUGUAUCGUUUUUCAGGUAGCAAAUCACAUGUUUGGUUCAGUGCUGUGUAGCCCUGGUUGUUUUAGUCUGUACCGUUGCCAAGCUGUUAGGGACGUUCUGCCGACUUACGCUACAAAAGUAGACCAUGCUUUUGACUUUCUCACCAAAGAUAUGGGUAAGUCAUAAGUCAUAUGGCGGCUAACCAAGUGAUUUCAUGACUGUUUGAGCCUCUUAGCACUCUCCUCUUAGUUGGUUAAGUACGUAUGAACCCCUGGGGGCAAGGUGUUUGAGCCGUAAAUGAUCUUAAGCCCUGAUUCUGUUCAAGGGAAAUAGAAAUGAAAGUGACACCUUUUCUAAAACCAAUAAACGGAAAAUGGUAUCUUGUUUUAGGAAAAGCAAAUAAGUCAUAAAGCAAAAUUAAAUAUCUUUUUUAUUUCUUUUCUUUGGCAUUUACAAAAUAAAGAAUUCUAGAUAGGGUGUAGCUGAAUCUUUUUCAUCGGUACGUGAAAGGAACAUAUUACAAUACCAAAAAUCAUAUUCUCCUUGUUGUCUGUGAUUUGCAAAGUCUGUUCUGGCGAUAAUUGGCUCUCUUCAUAAUGAUUCAGUCAAUUCAGCGUGAUAAUUACCAAUCCUUCGGGCUCUGGUUAGUUUUUCCUUCAGAUAGUUGCAGAUGGUGGAGCCAGCAGAUAAGUAAAAAAUAUCCUACCUUAUGUGGGGCUUCAAAAUAAACCGUUGGCCAAAAAUGUUAAAAAAAACUGUCUUUAAGAAACGCGGAAAAAUGUUCGGUUGGAAGGGAAGCAUCUCUUAUCAGGUAGAAUCACUAUUGUACGAAAAGUAUAACAGCGGUCUUAACGUUUUUCAUUAAGUACUCUUCCUAUACAAUGUAUCACUUUUUUCAGGGGAAGAUCGCUGGAUGUGUACGCUGAUGUUACAGAAGGGCUGGCGCCUCACAUACUGCGCCGCCGCAGUUGACAGCACCUACUGCCCUGAAAGCUUCGAUGAAUUUUACAAACAAAGGCGUAGAUGGGCUCCUUCCUCGUUAGCCAACCUGGUUCUGCUUGUGAGUGAGUGGAAGCUGACACUAAAGACUAAUGAACACAUCUCCUUCUUGUUCAUUGUUUACCAAACAUUUCUUGUCUGUUCCACUGUUAUUGGGUAAGUACGUACAGAGGACAGUCAUGAGCCUAAUAAUAAUAAUAAUAAUAAUAAUAAUAAUAAUAAUAAUAAUUCUUGUUAUUAUUAUUAGUGGUUUACAGAGGGGUCCUCUUUAAAGACUAAACCAUAAGCUGAAAAUAGUUUACGUUAUUAGUACAAAAAAAAUAGAGCCCUAAUAGUAUAAUUUAUAAUAUAAUGUGCCCUAUAAUACAGGAUAAAAGUAUGAAUUAAAAUUUAGCUUUAGAUAAGCUGCGCUUAAAAGCUGCUAAGGACGGUGUCUGCCUUAAAAAAACGUCCAAAGCGUUCCAAGUAUCAGCAGCAAAUUUUAAUGUAGUCCAAUUAAUGUCCUCACCUUGUAGGGGCGGAAGAUUUACGGAUAUUAUGCUUAUAUCUAUUCAGAAGCGUAGCAUGAGAUUUUGAAAGUGUACGCACGGGAAGAAACGUUAGUUAGGAGGGGGAUAUGGGAGUUUGCACACCUGAAAAUUAUUAAGUUUAGGGUUUUAGGGCUUCGGCCUCAUGGGCUAUUGACUCAGAGCCCAUUCAGGUUCGAGGAAUAAUUGUUUUAAAAUUAUUUCCCUGUCCCUUGCUGCUCUUUGACCUUCCUCCCUCAUAAAUCUAGAUCAAUUUAUUGAGUGAAUAUAAAAAAUAAUGAUACUUUUUACCCAAUGCAGUAAAAAAAUAAAAUAAAAUAAAAUAAAGAAAGACAGCCAUUCAGAAUGUUAGAAACCCUUUGCCAACUGAACACUUUGUUUUAGUAAAAACAUUCUCCUUUUUUAAUUAUUUUUUCUCCUCCCAUUCAGGCCGUCUACGGUACUUCUGGUGAUAGUUGGUGGAAUGGUGUAUGCAGGGAUUGGCUUGAGUGAAAUAACCGUAAUUAUACUUCUCUGCCUGGUGGUUCUUGCUUACACCCUAGUAUGUCUCUUCGCCACACAAAGCUUCCAGCUGAAGGUUUCAAAGCUACUCACAUUCGUGUUUUCUGUGAUCAUGUGUAUUGUUUCUGUCGGUGUAGCUGUUCAAAUCUCAAAAGAAUUAAGCGAACGGGAAAUCGAGCCUACUGCCGCACCUACGUCUAAACCAAACGAGAAUGUCACUGCUGCGCCGAAACCUCUGGAACAUCACCUUCCCGCAGGAAUAAGCACGUUAUACUUGGCUGGAUUAUCCGGGAUCUUUUUUGCCGCAGCCCUGUUGCACCCGAAAGAAUUCAUGUGUCUGCUACAUGGUGUUUGGUAUCUCCUUUGUUUGCCAUCUGGUUAUCUACUUCUGACCAUUUUUUCUCUAUGCAAUCUAACAGACAGAUCUUGGGGUAAGUUUUAAAGGACUAAUCAUACUCAGUGCUUUCUUCCGCUGUAGCCAAACCCUGGGGAUGUAAGAUGACAAUGGCUUUGUCCCCCGGCGGAGGGAUUACUACCAUAAAAUUGGGGUAGUUGCGUGCGGCCCAGGUUCGUUAACCCUGACCAUACUUAAGGAUGAGACAAAUGAAAGUUUAUAUACCCUAUUUACCCUACUCGAACCGGAAAAAGUGACACCCUAUUCAAAAACAAUGAUGGCAACACAUAAACCUUCAUUAAACACAUAAACCUUCAUUAAAUUGCUUUUCCAAAACACUAAGGGAUAGCUCAGCUUACUGAGGAGUUUCGCUCUUUUUUAAGCGAACCAGAAAACCAUUUCUUUUUUAAAAUGAUACAAUAGUAUGAUACUAAAUCGGAUUAAUAAUGUUGCCGAGAGGAGUAAAAUUAAGAAAAAAAAUGGCCAGAGGAGCUUCGCUUAAAACGUUUGUUAUCAUAACAACGAGAAAUAUUCAUUAUUACAACUUGUGUGUUUGGCCUCUUGUUUAACGACCCCGGCUUGGGCCCGCAAUAGCCACCUAUAUUCAAUUUUCGUUUUGUUUCUUUUUCUACUUGAAGGAACAAGGGAGGGGAAAACUGCCUCAGAAGGCGGAGGUGACUGGCUGACUCCCAUUGGGGAAACACUGAAGGAAAUUGUUGUCUGCAAGUGCUGUAGGCCAGCCCAGCUUGAACAGCCUCCUACACAAGCCAUAGAACCACCAAAAGUAGAAACGAAAGACGUGGCUUGUCAAGUUAACGUCGACGAAAUUGCACGAAAUGAGGUAAACAAUACCUGAUUGAUAAUAUUAUACCAUAACCUUGACAUUCGUCAUAACUAUAGUGUUUUUCACUUAAUCCUUCAUUUGACAGUAAAUUCUAGUUACGAGGUGUAAAAUAACAUUUAGACAUCAGUAUUUUUUUUUUCAGUAAAGUUCUGAACAUUUGCAGUGCGUCAGUUUACUAUAAGAACUUAAUCAAACUUUUUUUCCUUAUACAACACUCUAGGAGUCUGAACAUCCAUUGGGCCAAACCCGUUACAAAGAAGAAAUGCAUGUUAGUGCAUCACGAGUCGAGGUGGAAAGAAGUACAUCUGGUCUCUCAAGGCAAAACGAAGAAGAGAUAAUUCAAUCCGUUGAGGAUUCCAGUAAUGGAUUAGAAGAAAAUCCAGUUUAUGAAGGAAAGCAAGAGUGUAUUCCCGAAACAUCAGAAAACCCUGAUCAUCCACAAGAAAUAAAUUCACAGCCUGUGUUAGGCGGGUUUACUGAGCCAUAUGAAUCAUCAUCUCAGUCAGGUAAGACCACGAGGGCCACUGAAACACUUAUCAUGUCGAUAUUCUUUACUUCAGAAAGCCAAACAGACACGAUCAUUUAUAGUCAAAGCCGGCCAAGCGUUACAUUUGUCAUGCUUCGCCUUGGCCUCCAUAUAAUAUGUCGAGGCUUUGCUUCAUUAAUCCAAUAUUGAAUCUAGGCUCCGUUUAAAUUUAUUAUUUGAAUUAAUUUUCGAAGAAUGAAAUUCACUUAAAAGUACAUUAACGACGGAAACGCUUGCCUUUUAUGAUUACGAUAACGGAUUUAACAAGCGCAAAUUACUUUGAACUAAGAUUCCGACUUCUGUAGAGAUGUAUCUCGGUGAUUUAUCAACAGCAACAACAACAAAUCAGAUAAAUGAUGAUCUAUUGGGAACGACUGGUUCAUUUCGUUUCAGUCUGUGUGGUACGAUGGCUUCAAUCAUAGGUCAUUCAGCGUUGCUAAGAGCAUAAUUUCUUGUUGUUAGGACAAUAUGUGGACAAAGUAUCUCAUGUUUUGCAUAUCACAUUUAAAUGUUUACUUUUUCUUUUCUUUUCUCCCCUCACAUUUUAACCUUAAAGUAGGCGGAUCUCGCGAAUCUACCCUCUUCGUUCCCAAACGCAGAAAACACUCUCCGAUGUUAAAUGCCUGGCUGGACAGUUACAACCAGGAUUCUUCAGAGGAGGUAUUUGAAAUAUGUCAUUUUGUAGAUGUCAGGGUGAAUCAUUUUUAAUUAGCUUUUAAACUCGGCUAUUUUUUUUUUGCGCUCAGUCAUCUUUUUCUCAUGGCGACUUUGAAUUCUAAUCACGGCGAAAGUUAGAUCAUCAAGUGAUUCUUCGUCAGCGGUACUGACGAGUUUAACUUUUAAAAAAGUAGUUAUAAUCAGUCAGUUCCGUCUUCAUCUGGCUAUUGGAAGCUCAAGACAUGCACUUGUAGUAAGUAGAAAACUGGGCCAUUAUUUCAGGAUUUACUAUGAUUUGCUCUUUUCUGAAAUAAACAGAGGCAAAAAUAAAACUAAAGAAAUGAUGAAAUAAUCAACUCACUCUUUGAAGUACAGGACUUUUGAUUUCUCUGCAAAACUUUUAUUAUUCACUCCCCUAGUCAUGCCACAUGUAGCAUAUGGAGUGGCAGACUUAAGAAGCCAGUGGUGCUAUAGAACGUUUUCACACUCACGUUCGCCAUUUUGAUGCUCCAAAACAAUGAAACGGCGAUCAUGUAACGGCGUUAGUGUUCCAAACCAGUCCUGUGGGAGUUUAACAGACUUUUUCUUAUGUAAAACCUUUCGAUUGCACCAAUAAAUUUACAGAGCUGCUGGCCAGCUGAUUGAGUGAGAACAUUCACAAGACACAAUAACAUAUAUAAGAAAAGGUAAAAAUCAUGAUCAACUGAGUUAAAUUUGGAUUACUUCCUUUUCUAGGCUAAUACCGAGGUGGAAACAUUAACCCUUUCCUCUAGGCAUAACGGAGAAGGGAGUUCAGUUAAUGGCUUAGAAGACGAGGGAGAUUUAGAUGGAACACAAAUGUGUUCCACGGAAAGAUCAGAGAACCGACGCCGUGGACGACCAGACAUUUACUUACAAUCACCAAAUGGAUUAUCCCGCCAAUCACUUGGUAAGAUCAUAAGGGUGCAAGGAAUCUGAAAUAUUCAGUCCUGCGAAAGCGUUUCACUUCCUGAAUCACUUCAUACAUUCUCUUAAUGUCCCAAACGGAAAGAUUCUUUUUAAUGAAGCAAAUGUUAAAAAAGCCUGAGAUUACUCAUUUGAAGAUCCGUGACGACGUCAACGGCGAUUUAAACCGAAAGAGUACUGACUCGAAAAGCUUUCAACUAAUACCGCGAAGUGGCAGAUUAUUCAAAAAUUACUAGUGUUUCAAAACCGUUUAGUAAAAUUCUACCUAGAUUUCGCUCUCCAUAUGAAAUGAAGAUGGCGACCUUCAGUAAUCGAUCUCAACCUGAAUCGGAGGGAGAGAGGUCAUUCUGAGUUCAAAAUUCUACCAGCACAUAAAUAUGGGCCACGUAUAUUAUGUUUGCGCAUCACAUUUAGUACUCAUUACUUAUACUGUUAUGUUUUCCACACUUCAUAGAUUUCGGAUCUACGGAAUCUCUCUCAGUGCUCAAAACCGACAUGUCUUAUUCGAAUCUCAAAACACCUGUGGAGGAAUGGCUUGCUCCUCUGGAUAUUUCAACGGAGGUAUUUAUUCGAAAUAUUUCAUCACUACUUGCUAUCCCCUUCUUGUUUCCCUUCCUACCAAUACCCUACCCCUUUCGACCACGAUACAAUUCUCUUUAAUACAGAGACGAUAUUAAAGCUGAAGAAGAGAAAAGUAAAGUGAAAAUAAACUAGCUUUUAAUUAUUUUUUUGUUUUCUUGCGCAAGGAUUUCACUUACAAGUCAAAUGGGAGAGAUCAUGCAAAACCUCGCGCAUUGGUGAACUGAAUCCGACAUUCACCACCCACCUAUGCGCUAUCCCCGGACUGUGAGGGCAACUCCACAUAAAAUCUAGUUUGUGGGAAGCAGGGGUUUCCUUCUUAAAACGCUCCGUUGGAUUUUUCUCCAGGGAUUUAGUGUACUCGUUCCCCCUUCUCUUCAAAAAUUAAUCUUAAGACCUGGAACGCCCUUUUUGCUUGAGUGAGUUCUGUUAAAAGAGCUUAAUUUUUGCUUUUACUCUGGCUCAAGUUAAAAAGGACGCCUGUUCUCACAAUGUUGCGUCACUGUGUUUCUUUAGAAUGAUUACGCCCAUAUGUUUCGUGAC